AUGGCUGCCCAAAAUAUAGUCCUUGGUGCUUCGGGCGACUUGGCCAAGAAAAAGACUUUCCCAGCCCUGUUUGGCCUCUUCCUCCACGGACACAUUGCACCUACCACCAGGAUCAUCGGGUAUGCGCGUACCAAGAUGGACCGCCCCGACUUUCUCAAACGCAUCUCGCAACACAUCAAGAACACGACCACGCCCAAGGUCAAAACCAUGCUGGAUCAGUUCCUGGACCAGAGCACCUAUGUCUCGGGCGUCUACGAUCAGGACUCAGGCUUCCAGGCCCUCGAGCAGGAGUUGCAGCGGGUCGAGAAGGAGACAAAGACACAUGACAGACUUUUCUAUAUGGCCUUGCCUCCCUCGGUCUUCAUUCCUGUCGCCAAUGGAUUGAAGAAGAACUGUUAUACGCUCAAGGGAAUCAAUCGCCUGAUUGUCGAGAAGCCCUUUGGAAUGGACCUCGAGAGCUCCCGUACUCUGUCCAAGGCCUUGGGUGCCCUUUACCGAGAAGACGAGAUCUACAGAAUCGAUCACUACUUGGGCAAGGAGAUGGUCAAGAACAUCAUGAUCCUGCGCUUCACCAACCAAAUCUUUGGCUCCUGCUGGGACCGCGACCACAUCUCCAACGUCCAGAUCACCUUCAAGGAAAAGAUCGGCACCGAGGGUCGUGGCGGCUACUUUGACGAGUUUGGCAUCAUGCGCGACGUCAUGCAAAACCAUUUGUUCCAGAUCUUGUCAUUGAUUGCCAUGGAGUCGCCUACCUCAUUGAACGCCGAGGACAUCCGCAACGCCAAGGUCGAUGUGUUGCGUCAGAUCCCCCCAGUGGUCGAAUCAGAGGUUCUCUUAGGUCAAUACGGCAAGUCCGAGGACGGCUCCCUGCCCUCAUACCUCGACGACGAGACCGUCCCCAAGGGCAGCAAGACCGCAACCUUUGCCGCCGCGGCUUUCCAUAUCAACAACCCUCGCUGGGAGGGCGUCCCCUUUGUGCUCAAGUGUGGUAAAGCCCUUGACCAACAAAAGGUCGAGAUUCGGAUCCAGUUCAAGGACAUGGGCUCGAACCUCUUCCAGAAGGACGUUGCUGCCCGCAACGAGCUCGUCAUCCGUGUCCAGCCCGAGGAGGCUGUCUACUUGAAGAUGACCCAGAAGUUGCCUGGUUUGGGUAUGGAGACGGUGAUGUCGGAGUUGGAUCUCUCGUACGCUUCGCGGUUCACGAACUUGUCUGUCCCCGACGCAUACGAGAACCUGAUCCUGGAUGCGAUUAUGGGCGAGCAAUCCAACUUUGUGCGAUCGGAUGAGUUGGACGAGGCCUGGAGGAUCUUCACACCCGUGUUGCACAAGAUCGAUCGUGGACUGGUCCCUGUCGAGGUGUACCCCUAUGGCUCGAGAGGCCCUAAGCAUCUGCCCGAGUUUGUGGGCCGGUUUGGGUUCGAGAGGCAUUUGCAGGCUUAUUCUUGGCCAGAGACUUCGCAGGCUGCUGCUGCUGCUGCUGCUCCUGCCUCUGCUGACAGCAAGUUGUAA